AUGGAUCACUUACACGCUGGCUUCCAAAUGCCAGCUGUGGGCGGUCCUCCGCCGUUAAUGAAUCAACCGCCCCAGAUCUUCGGUGGCUACGCGGAUCAUGGAUUGCAGCUUCACCAACUGCCGCCAGAGUUGACAGCGCAAAUGUUUGGAGAUCCCGGGUCGUUCCUCGACGAUGCGAAUGAGGCCAAGAGGAGGAGGAUUGCAAGAGCUUGCGACAUGUGCAGGAAGAAGAAGAUCAAGUGCGACGGCAAGCUCCCGGCUUGCACACAUUGCAUCAAUUACAAAACCGACUGCGUCUUCACCCAGGUCGAGAAGAAGCGCAAUCCUCCCAAGGGGGCCAAGUACAUAGAGGGUCUCGAAAAUCGACUGGGUCGCAUGGAGAGCUUGCUGCGACUCUCCGGUCUCCUCGGCGAAGACGACAACGGCGCAACUGACCUUGGCACACUGGAGAAGAAGCUUGCGGAAAAGCAACAGUCAAGACAAGCCUCACAGGCAGUCUCGAACCCGACCUCUCCGUCACAAACCGCCUCCGGCCAGGACGGAGCCGACUCGACUCCCCGCAGCUCCCUGACAUCCCCAGAGCCAGCCAAGGAUAAGGACCAUCACAACGAGAAGAGGAAAUCUCUGACGCCCGACGGCGGAAAGGAGAAUGAAGAGGAGGUGGAGGCAUUGUCGGAGAUGAUGUGCUCGUUGGUGACUAACAACUCGGGGGAGACGAGAUAUAUCGGCUCAUCUUCUGGGUUCUCCAUCUUCUCGCCCAAGGGAAUACAGUGGGUGAAUGAGAAAACCGGCGACAGCUCUUUCCAGCAGAUGAUUUCCGACGUCUCCAUCGAUGACCAUAAGUGGACAGCAUGGAAACCCGAGGUUUUCGAAGACCUGUUUCGGCGUCCGGUCUUCAGGCCAUUGCCAAGCAAGCCCGAGGCAAUGUCGCUGCUCAAGGACUACUUCGAGAACUUUAACUGCAUGUUCCCGCUGUUUCACCAGCCCACCUUCAUGCACCUUGUGGAGAGGCAGUAUUCCAAGGACCCCUACGAGGGAUCUGGAUGGUGGGCAAGUCUCAACGUCGCAUUCGCUAUCGCCUAUCGACUUCGGGUGAUGAGUAACCUGGUGCCACAGGAGGAGGACCAGAAGGCGUGGGACUACCUGAAGAACGCGAUGGGCGUCUUUUCCGAAUUGACGAUGCGUAACACGGAUUUGCUGAGCGUGCAGGCGCUACUAGGCAUUGCUCUGUUCAUGCAGGGCACGCCAAACCCGCAACCUUCGUUUCUCCUCAUUGCUGCCGCCAUCCGACUCUCCCACAGCAUCGGACUCCACAAGCGCGGAACGGGGUUCAACCUCAAUCCCAUCGAGAUCGAGCAACGCAAGAGAGUCUUCUGGAUCGCCUACAUGCUGGACAAGGACUUGUGCCUGCGGUCGGGUCGGCCGCCGGCGCAGGACGACGACGACAUGAAUGUGGAUCUUCCAGAUGCUGACCCCGCGGACAAUAUCGGAAACAUCCCGCUAGACGACGGGAAGGGCAAGAUGAACCUAUUCAGGGUCAUGUGUGAGAUUGCCAUCAUCGAAAGCAAAGUCUAUAAGCGACUCUACUCGACAAAGGCUACCAAGCAGUCCGUUGGUGAGCUUCUGAACACCAUUGGAGAGCUGGACCAGGAGCUCGAGAAUUGGAAGGACAGCAUACCCAUCGACUUCCGGCCAGAGCACGAGAUCAAGGCUUCGCAUACGCCCCUUAUCCUUCACAUUGUCAUGCUUCAUCUUACGUACUACAACUGUCUGACCACGGUCCAUCGGAUGUCGAUUCAUCACGGGUAUUGGACUAGCCGACUGUCGAACUAUGCCAUUCAGGGCCUGAAUGCGAAGCCCCUGAAUCCCAGAAUAUUUUCAUCUGCGGCCCUUUGCACGUCCGCCGCGAGAGCCUCCAUCUCGCUGCUCAAGUAUAUCCCUCAAGGGGAUUUCUCUUGCGUUUGGCUGAUUCUCUACUUCCCUGUCACGGCACUGGUGACAUUGUUCGGCAACAUUCUUCAGAAUCCCCUAGAUCCGAGGGCCAGAUCUGAUACUCGCCUCAUGAAUCUGGUGGUCAAUUUCCUGUCCAUGCUAGGCCAGGAAGCUGAGACCGGUGGUGUCCACCGAAUGCUGGGCGUCUGCUCCGAGUUUGAGAGGAUAGCCAAGGUAGUGAUUGACAAAGCCGAGAAGGAUAACACAUUGAGGCGGAAGAGGAAGGGCCCUGAUCCGUCAUCGACGACGACGUCAGCAGCGGCGGCGGCGGCGGCAAGGGCGGCGGCGACGUCGGCGUCGGCAGCUGCAACACCGCAACCGUCUUCGUCGGCGCCUUCGCAGACGUCUCGGCCAGCGACAGCGUGUUCGUCAACGCCGCAGCCGAGUCACAGCCAGGUGAACGGGCACCUCUCGCCGUCGCUGAAGCACCAAGCAGCCCUGCAGAACGGGUAUAGUCCCAUGACGACGACAAUGAGCCAGCAUUCAUCACCGGCCAUGGCACCCUCUGGCUGGCACUCCGACUUGGCCGGGGGCAACGCCAUGGAGGGCAUGGAGGGCGCACACUUCCCCUCCUUCGCAGACCUCACUGGCUUCGGUUCCAUCGGCAACAUGAACCCUGCUGCUCCCACGGCGUCGGGCAGGCUGCACAGUCCGGCCCUGGGCGGCGCCAACGGCUUAUUCACGCAGCCCAUGCUCGCGCCCGACGUGUUCACCUUGCCCAUGACGCUGGACUGGGACUGGGCGGAACUGAGCGGCGGCGCCUAUCCGAGCGUCGAGAAUGGAAAUUUUGGGGAGGGGCCUCCUCGGCCGUCGAAGUUCCCCGUGUCCCUGUGCUCGCGCCAACUACCGCGCUUCUACUCUUCGGAAUCGCCUCGUCGACCGGACAAGGACGACAAUUCGACACCAGAGAAGGACGAUGCGGCCAAAAAAAAUGGCAAGGUGAACGCCUCGGGCCAGGAGGAAGAGCUGCACCCUCUUCCGCAAGGUUGGGUUCGCUUGACCGAGGAGGAGCUCAAGCAAAUGUCCAAGAUGAUGGAGCUGCUUCCCGAGUCCCAGAGGGCCGCCAUUGCGGAUGUUCUCAAGGAGGUAAAGCUCACUGGCUCGCCUCAAGAACUGCGGGAUCUGUUGGCCAAACACAAGGGACAAGGCCUCAGUAUUGCCGACAUGAUGAAAGCGGUUCGGCUGGCCUACAAGAUGGCGGACAAGCUCUCGCGCGACAAGGUCUCGGCGGGCAAGCCAAACACCACAUUCGACUCAAACGCUCCGGACCAACAGCAGAAUCGCGAGAAAGCCCAGGGUCAGAAACAGGAAGGCCAGCAGGGAGAGUCCAAGCAAGGCGGGCCUAAGGACGGCAAGGGCUCCAAAAAGGGGCCCCAACCACGUGUCAUCGACCUGAGCGAGGCCAUAACUUGGGCUGUCGGCGCUGCAAUCCUCUAUCCUUUCUAUAAGAUGAUCUUCCCCGGUGAGGUCUCCCGCGAGAUCACCUGGGAGGAGCUGCGAAAGAACUUCCUGGAGAGAGGCCUCGUCGAGAAGUUUGUCGUCAUCAAGGACCGUGUCAGGGUCGAGCUCAACCGCGAGGCGACCCAGUCCAUGUACCCCGACUCCGUGGCCGCGAACCCCAACUUCUAUUAUUAUUUCUCGAUUGGCUCCGUCGAGUCCUUUGAGCGGAAACUUGAAGAUGCUCAGAGGGAACUCGAUAUUCCGUCGUCCGAGAGGAUUCCUGUGAGCUACGCUCGGGAGGGCAUGCUUACCAACGCGAUCUUGGCAUUCGGCCCCACUCUUGUCCUGGUUGGUCUGCUGUUCUACCUCUCCCGUAGAGCCGGAGGAGGCGCUGGAGGCUCCAGCGGGAUGUUCGGCUUUGGAAAGAGCAAGGCAAAGAUGUUCAACCAAGAGACGGCUGUCAAGGUCAAAUUCUCCGAUGUUGCAGGCAUGGACGAGGCCAAGGUUGAGAUCAUGGAGUUCGUCAGCUUCCUGAAGUCUCCAGAGAAGUUCCAGAGACUUGGAGCCAAGAUCCCGCGCGGAGCUAUCCUGUCCGGCCCUCCCGGUACAGGUAAAACGCUGCUUGCAAAGGCGACUGCCGGCGAAUCCCAGGUUCCCUUCUUCACCGUCAGCGGCUCUGAGUUCGUGGAGAUGUUUGUCGGAGUCGGCGCGUCGCGAGUUCGAGACUUGUUUUCCACUGCACGGAAGAACGCCCCUUGCAUUAUCUUCAUCGACGAGAUCGACGCCAUUGGCAAGUCUCGAGGAGAAGGCAACCGGUUUGGUGGCGGCAACGACGAGCGGGAGGCUACCCUCAACCAGAUCCUCACCGAGAUGGACGGCUUCAACACGAGCGAGCAAGUGGUCGUGUUGGCUGGCACAAAUAGACCCGACACACUCGACAAGGCUCUGAUGCGGCCCGGCCGUUUCGACAGGCAUAUCCACAUCGACCGACCGACAAUGAAGGGACGCGAGGAUAUCUUCAGGGUGCAUCUUGGCAAGAUCGUCACGCAUGAGGACAUGGACUAUCUCACUGGCCGGCUGGCUGCCCUGACCCCUGGAUUUGCAGGUGCUGACAUUGCCAAUGCCGUUAACGAGGCCGCCUUGAUUGCUGCCCGAGCCAAUGCCCAGAGUGUCGAGAUGAUCCAUUUCGAGCAAGCCAUCGAACGUGUUGUUGGAGGUCUCGAGCGCAAGUCCUUGGUGCUCAGCCCCGAAGAGAAGAAGACCGUUGCCUACCACGAAGCCGGCCAUGCCAUCUGUGGCUGGUACUUCCAGUGGGCUGACCCGCUGCUCAAGGUUUCCAUUAUUCCCCGUGGCCAGGGCGCGUUGGGUUAUGCUCAGUAUCUGCCAAGUGGAGAUGCCUAUCUCAUGAACGUCAACCAGCUGAUGGACCGCAUGGCCAUGACCCUCGGCGGCCGAGUGUCCGAGGAACUGCACUUCCCCACCGUCACAACGGGCGCCAGCGACGACUUCAAGAAGGUCACGAGGAUGGCUACCACCAUGGUGACGGAGUGGGGCAUGUCGGAGAAACUUGGCCCCUUGCACUUCCAGAACGACAAGAACCAGCUUCACAAGCCGUUUGCCGAAUCCACCGCACAAACCAUUGAUUCCGAGGUCCGCAGGAUCGUGGAUGAGGCGUACAAGCAGUGCAAGGACAUGCUGGUGGAGAGGAAGAAGGAGAUUGGCAUCGUUGCCGAGGAGCUAUUGCGGAAGGAAGUCCUCUCCCGAGACGACCUCGUAAGGCUUCUGGGGCCGCGGCCUUUCCCGGAAAACCGGGAGUUCACCAAGUACUUCGACAACAGGCAGGGAAAGAGCGCGCCGCCUCCGUUCCCGACCGAAAACACGGACAGCCCACCAGACAGCCCACCGAGCGACCCGCAGCCGUCUCUAUAUGAGCGGCACGAUAGGUAG